AUGGUGGGAUUCUCUUCCACUGCUGUUGAAACCAUGGAGGUGCUGGUGAGCGAGCUGGGGGUUCUGCUCAAGAUGCUGGACCAAGAAAGUCUCAGCUCAUCCACCGAGGAGAAGAAGAUGUCUGUGUGGAACCUCCUGCAGCAGAUACAGCCACAAGUGUCUGGCACAGAUUACAUCUACAUGAACUCUUCCGUGUACAGAAAUGGGACCAGCUUUGUGGAGUCGUUGUUUGAGUCAUUUGACUGUGAAAUUGGAGACCUAAAGGAAGUCACAGACGAACUAAAACUGGACAAAGACACGAAAACAAACAUUUUAAAACAGGACAGUACAGACUCCCCCCCGCCUCUGCCCACCACCCCUCCCCUGAAGAGUACUACGAAGAGGCCGUCCCGCUCAGCCCUGGCAAACUGCCCGAUCAGACCCGCGCCUCCCAUGGAAGAUGGUUAUGAAGAAGCUGAAAACCACUACCCCACAACAUGCAUCAACUCACAGCGGAAAAACUCAUACAAUGACUCGGACGCUCUGAGCAGCUCUUAUGAGUCGUAUGAGGAGGACGAGGAGGAGCGCAGUCCUGGCGUGCGGCUGACGCACCAGUGGCCCUCAGAGGAGAUGAGCUCCAUACCUCCUGCUCGCGACUGCCGCAUCUGUGCUUUCCUGCUGCGCAAGAAACGCUUCGGUCAAUGGGCCAAACAGCUCACGGUGAUACGGGAGAACCGGCUUCAGUGCUAUAAGAGCUCCAAAGACACCACCCCUUAUGUAAACCUGCUCCUGCCCCAGUGCCUUGUGGUCUAUGCCCCUAAAGACAGCAAGAGGAAGCACCACGAGCUCCGUUUCUCUCUGCCCAAUGGAGACGGCCUGGUGCUGGCUGUGCAGAGCAAGGAGCAGGCCCACAGGUGGCUCCGGGUGGUCCGGGAGGUGACCGACCAGAGUGCUGCCACUGACGAGGCAUCUCCGGUCAUCGCAAGAAAAAAUGAACUUGACAAGAGGUUGUCAGCUGAGAGGAACGCUUCAGACUCUGACAGCGUGGGUGUGUCAGAGACCUGCAAGGAAAACGGUAAAGUGAAGCGAGGGGCGUUCGCUGCUGGUCGUAAAAUCACACGAAUGAUCAGUUUCUCCAAGAAAAAACCUCCUAGACCUGGAGCUGCUUUCACUGACAUUCGACAAGGCUACUUGCUGGUGCUGGUGAACCAGGUGUGGCGGGAGCAAUGGUGCUGUGUGUCCAAAGGCUUCCUGCGCUGUUACAAUGAGAGAGGCGACGCACGCACCUCUCUGCCCUCCGUCCCGCUGCACGGCUGUGAGGUGGCCCCCGGCCUGGGACCCAAACACCCCUUUGCCUUCCGCAUCAUGAGGAACAGCAAUGAGGCUGCUGCUCUGGAGGCGAGCAGCUCGGAGGAAAUGGGCCGGUGGCUGGGCGUCCUGUUAGCAGAGUCCGGCUCCAUGACCGACCCAGAGUCCCUCCAUUACGACUACGUGGACGUGGACACUCUCGCCAACAUCCGCGAUGCAGUGAGACACUCUUUCCUGUGGGCCUCUACUUCAUGUUCCCCUGACUACGAUGAUGUCCCACAUGAGGACAUGCAGGCUGAGCAGGACCUCGGCAAACGGCGCUCCAGUUUCUCCAGCAGCGACUCGGACCGGACCAAACCGUCGGUCUCUCUGAAGCGUUCCGGCUCCAAUGCCAAUCAAUAUGGCCGCUAUGGGAAAACGCGCGCAGAGGAGGACGCCAAGCGAUACACGAAGGAGAAGGAGGAGCUGGAGAGAGAACGGGACGGGAUCAGAAAGACACUGGUGGUUCUGAGGCAAGAGAAGAAGCAGCUCAAAGAUGAACUGACAACGGCACAUGAGAGGAGAAAGCCUUUCCUAAAUAAGCGGAUCGCAGAGUCGGAGGAAAAAUGUCGAGCCAAAGAAGCCGAGAGAGUUGAUCUGGAGCUGAAACUGACUCAAGUUAAAGAAAAUCUGCAGAAAAGUCUUGUAGGAGGAGGAUUCGUGUCCACAGUGCAGACCAAGCCACCAGCCAAGGCAUCGAGUAAGAAGCACCAGAAUAUCUACAUAGACGGUUUACCUGUGAAUUGUGCCGCUGAGUUGAGGCGGAGGCCACCGUCUGUGUACGCUUCAUCUACUGGGACAGUCAUGCAGAAAGCAAAGGAAUGGGAAUCGAAGAAGGGAACCUAA